CGUAGACGAAAUUAGAUAUCCCAACCAUGACCCAACCCGACAAGCAAAAGUGGCUUAUUAGAUGACGAGGGCGGAUAGUUCAAUGAAACAUUUCCUUUCUGUAAAUUAUAAUUGUAAUUGAAACUUGGGUUCUUCAAUUUUCGGCAAACAUCGCUCAAACGCAAAUGAUGGAGCAAUCCCUUUCUAAUCCUUCAAUCUCCAUCCCCAGAUCCUUUCAUUUCUCUUCUUAUCAUUCCCAUUCCUAUUUCUAUAACUACAAAUGUACUUCUCCUUCACAAAUUCGAUGUUUAUCUGUGGAUUCAUCCAAUGCUGCAAUUGAGAUUCACAAUUAUUCCUCGGCUGCCAAGAAGAAGGGGCCCUACCCAGGCGGAAUGAUGGGUUCACACACUGGGAGAGAUCCCAAUGUGAAGAAGCCUGAGUGGUUGAGGCAGAGAGCUCCUCAAGGGGAUAGGUUUCAAGAGGUCAAACACUCUCUCUCUCGCUUGAAUCUCAACACUGUCUGCGAGGAAGCUCAAUGCCCCAACAUUGGUGACUGUUGGAAUGGGGGCGGCGACGGUAUUGCAACCGCUACUAUCAUGCUUCUCGGGGAUACAUGUACUCGUGGUUGCAGAUUUUGUGCCGUUAAAACCAGCAGAAAUCCUGCACCCCCUGAUCCUACGGAGCCUCUAAACACUGCUCAGGCCAUUGCAAGCUGGGGUGUGGACUAUAUUGUACUAACGAGUGUAGAUAGAGAUGAUCUUCCUGACGGUGGAAGUGGACAUUUUGCCCAGACUGUUCAGGCUAUGAAGAAACUAAAGCCUAAGAUCAUGAUAGAGUGCUUAACCUCUGAUUUUCGUGGUGACUUAAAGGCUGUAGAAACUUUGGUACAUUCGGGUUUAGAUGUUUUUGCCCACAACAUUGAGACUGUGAAACGGCUGCAACGAAUUGUUAGGGACCCUCGAGCUGGGUAUGAACAAAGUUUAUCAGUUUUGAAACAUGCUAAGCUCCGUAAGGAGGGAAUGAUAACAAAAUCUUCUAUAAUGCUGGGUCUUGGGGAAACUGAUGAUGAGUUGAAGGAAGCUAUGGCUGAUUUAAGGGCAAUAGAUGUUGAUAUUUUGACACUUGGACAAUAUUUACAGCCAAGUCCCUUACACUUGACUGUUAAAGAUUAUGUUACACCAGAGAAAUUUUCAUUCUGGAAGGAAUAUGGAGAGUCUAUUGGAUUCCGAUUUGUAGCCAGUGGGCCUCUGGUUCGGUCCUCUUAUAGGGCGGGGGAGCUGUUUGUGAAGACAAUGGUGAGAGAAAGGACCAAUGCCGCCGCUGCGGAAUCCUAGUCGUGUUUUAUAAUUGGUUGUGGGCUUGGGUUUUCCAACCAGAUGGCUUCAAAUACGGGAUGUUGUAUUUUCAUAUCUAAAUUGGCUGGCGUAACAUUUUUUGUGCUUAUUAAAGUUUUUGAGCGAUGUUGAGCAUUUACCAAAGUUUGAAAUGAAGGCUUUAUUCUCGUUAUUAGGAUGUAAGCUAUUUCUUUGAACGCAUAUCGAGUAAAAUGCAGAAAGAGAUUGCUACUUUGCAGGUUUGAA